AUGACCUUUGAUUUGGAGAAAAUCGUGAGACCAAAGAUCUUCAACUUGGAACCCUACCGUUGCGCAAGAGACGACUUCACGGAGGGGAUCUUGCUGGACGCUAACGAAAAUGCAUACGGACCAACCCAGCAUGGGAUGGAGCAGUCCGUGUUGCACCGCUAUCCUGACCCACACCAGUUGCAAUUCAAAACUGCGAUCGCUGAGUACCGUAACAGAAGCUCCACUUUCACCGCGGACGAGUGCACUCGUCCAUUGACCAGUGGGAACAUUUGUCUCGGGGUCGGUUCGGACGAAAGUAUCGACGCCAUCAUAAGAGCCACGUGUGUGCCAGCAAGGGAGAAGAUUCUGGUGCUGCCACCAACGUACUCCAUGUACUCCGUUUGUGCAAAGAUCAACGAUGUCGAGGUGGUCACCUGUCCAUUGAUCACCGAGGAUAACAGUUUCCAAAUGGACUCGGACAAAGUACUGGAUAUAUUGAACAACGACCAAGAGAUCAAGCUGCUGUUCAUUACCUCGCCAGGGAAUCCAACGGGCGCGCAAAUCGAAACCGCACGGAUCGAGAAAGUGCUACAGAACUGGGACAGAGGUCUAGUCGUCGUCGAUGAAGCGUACGUUGAUUUCUGCGGUGGAUCCACAGCCCCACUGGUCACCAAGUACCAGAAUUUGGUUACUUUGCAGACAUUGUCCAAAUCGUUCGGUUUGGCUGGGAUCAGACUAGGUAUGACUUUUGCCUCCGAGGAUUUGGCCAGAAUACUGAACGCCAUGAAGGCCCCCUAUAAUAUUUCUGCUGUGACUUCUGACUACGCUUUGAAGGCGGUCCAACACCACAAUCUGGAAUUGAUGGAACAGAAUGCAGCAUUGAUGAAUAAAGAAAAGAUUCGUCUACUGGACGCGUUGACGCAGAUCAACUGUGUCGAUGACCACUACGUUGGCGGACUGGAUGCAAACUUCAUUUUGAUCAGGAUAAACAAGGGCGAUAAUGAGCUAGCGAAGAAAAUAUACUUGAACCUGGCAACCAAGUGUGGUGUUGUCAUUAGAUUCAGAGGCACAGAACUGGGAUGUGCCGGCUGCUUGAGAGUCACCGUUGGUACUCCAAAGGAGAACAAUGUUCUGAUCCAACAAUUCAAAGAGAUAAUUGAAGAACUCACAAAAUGA